AUGCACCAUAACAUCCCGCACCGGUUCGACACGGGCCUGAUGACGCGGGCCGCCAAGUGCGCCGCCUGCCUGGGCCCGGUGCGCUUCGGACGCACGGCCGCCCGCUGCGCCGAGUGUCACAUCACUGCCCACCCCAAGCAGUCGGACGCCUCGCCGGCCGUGCGCCGUGUCGCCGGGCCGCCCAAGCCGCCCCGACAGCCCUCCGAGGACACGCCCACCGCCGGCCCGGCUGGAUCCGGGCCCGGAAAGGCCGGCUGGGAGCGUCGCUUCCUGCGCGUGGAGGAGGGCCAGCUGACGCUGUACGCCGAGGAGCCGUCGCCGGGCGGGCUGGCGCCGGCGCCGCUGCAGACCAUCGACCUCCGCUCGGCCACGUGCACGUGGACGCCGACGUGGGCAUCGUGCAGGAGACGACCUGCUGGCCGGCCAAGUCGUACCAGUUUCCUGUGCAGCAGCCUGCCGGAGAAGCAGCAGUGGGUGGGCCUGCUGGAGUCGCUGCUGAUGCUACUCGGCACGGAGGACGGCCUGUACUCGCUGUCGCUCACCGACGGCCGCACGGAGCGACGCAUCAAGGUGGACGGCUUCCCGCCUGUGCUCAUGAUGAGGGCCGUGCCCGAGGUUGACCAGCUGGUCUUCAUCGCAGCGGCCUCGGUGUCGGCCGCCCGACUGGACGCCUGGCGACUGGAGGGCCUGCAGAGCUGCCACCUACUGGCCGCCGGCGCCACCGGCGACAAGCAGGCGUUCGUGUGCGCCGCCUCCUCCAACCGCGUCUGCCUAUUCCGCUGGAGUUACGACCUGACCACCUACCAGCUGGUGAAGCAGUUCAGCACGCAGGAACCAGCCACCUGCCUGCACUUCACCUCCAGCUCCAUCAUCAUCGGCACCGACCGCUUCUUUGAGGUCGACCUCUGCAACUUUGCCAUUGAAGAGUUCCUGGACUCGUCGGACGCCAGCCUGGCGUACAUCGUGUACGGCACCAGCCAGAUGCGCUCGUUCCCGGUGGCGAUCCUGGCCGUCUCCGAGAAGGAGUACCUGCUCUGCUACCACGAGCUGGGCGUGUUCGUCGACCAGUUCGGCUCGCGCUCACGCAAGCAGGACAUCAAGUGGACCCGCCUGCCGUUGGCCUUCGGUGAGCUCACGGGCGGUGGCUCCGCUGGAGCAGACAGCUGA